AUUUCACAACGGAAAUUGCGUACACUUUUGUGCAUCUUUCUGAAGGUUUGAAAACCAACGUUGCUAAUGACAAAAAAUAAGUUUCGUUCAUUUUCACAAUGAUAACGCUCUUCUGCUGUCUUAUAACAAUAUCCGAUUUGCAUGAGUAGAUCUCUCGGGUGUCUUCGUAAGAAAGAAUAGGAAAGCGAAUCAAGGACAGGUGUCGAGUUGAGCAGACGAUCCAAGAGGGGAACUUAAUGGAUAAAUGGUGAAUGUGAUCGGAUUUUAAUAUCACUAGGAUGCCUUGAGAUAAACCCAGUCUGCUGUGUGAAGUUCUAAAAUGGAUUUACUAGCAACAAGAAGAGAUUAUGCAUGGUCUUUCUGAAAGGCUAUCAUUGAUUGGAAUUUCAUUUUUUAUGGAUUUCUAAAGAUAUAAAAAAAAAUCCAAGAUGUUGGAAUUUGAAAAUGUUUUGCGACAACUGGGAUCCUUUGGACCUUAUCAGAGGCGUGUCUUUGUGUUGGUCAGCAUGUUUGAAACCCCUGUUGCCUGGGCCAUGCUUCUGCCAAUAUUUCUAAAUGUUGUUCCAGAGUGGAAGUGUUCAGAUUCCAGCAAUGCUUCCCUUACAUAUAACUCAUCAUUCACUUCAAAUAUUUCAUUUCCAUUAUCCAUAAAUGACAAAAGUUGUUCAGAAAGUGGAUUGCUGUGUCCAGAAGCAUCGUUUACUAAAGAAAUCCAAACCAUUGUUAGUGAGUGGUCGCUGGUCUGCGACAGGAAGUGGAUCCCCGGCACCAUCACCACCAUUCAGAUGUGUGGUCUCUUGGUGGGGGCGCUGGUCAUGGGACAGCUGGCAGACAUCUUCGGUCGCAGGAGGCUGCUUUAUCUGGCCUAUUCCCUGCUACUGGCCGUCUCUCUGGGCAGUGCCUUUGCCAAUUCUUGGCAAUUAUUUGCUGUUUUUAGAUUUUUCAUUGGGGCCCUGGUAGGGAGUGUGAUGGUGGUGAACUUUGUUCUCCCACUGGAAUUCGUUACCCCCAGCUGGCGAACAUUCUGUGGGUGUGUGGGGUUCUGGGCAGUGGGACUGAUGACCCUCGCUGUGUGGGGGUACUUUAUCACAAACUGGAGGUACCUAGUCAUAGGAACGUCUGUGUCUGGGGUCUUUAUGCUGUUCUCAUGGUGGUUUGUUCCUGAGAGUCCACGGUGGUUGUUGAGCAAAGGAAGGUAUGAUGAAGCAGAGGCCAUUUUAAAAACAGUAGCCAGGUAUAACAAAGUGGAUUUGCCUGACCUUUCUACACUUAGGAAGGUGUCUGAGAUCUCAAAUAAGCCUGAAAAAAGAUUCAAGAACUUCAGUUAUUGGCAUUUAUUUCGCACAUGUCAGAUGACAAAAAAUUCUCUCAUUGUCAUGUAUGGCUGGUUUGUUUCCAGUUCGGUUUACUAUGGGUUAAACUUUAACACCAGUAACCUGGCCGGGAAUCUCCAUCUGAAUGUCUUUAUCUCAGGUCUGGUAGAAAUACCAGCUCUGGUGUAUGUGGUGGCAUUGAACAAUAUAUUAGGGAGGAGGAAAAUCACACUGUCUCUGAUGUUAUUAGCAGGAAUCUCAUGUUUAGCAGUUCUAGUCAUAAAUCUGAUAGAUGAGUAUCAGACGACAUUGAUCAUUGUUAUUGCUAUGAUUGGUAAGUCGGCUAUAUCCGGCGGGUGGGCAGCCACGCAAGUUUUCUCUGCCGAGACAUUCCCCACAGUUGUAAGAAAUAUUGGCAUUGGAGCUUGUGCCAUGUCAGCCAGAAUAGGAGGGAUUAUAGCCCCACAAAUUGUACUUCUUAGUAAAGGAUCCAUUGAUGAACUUCCAUUCGCUGUGUUCGGGGGUCUAGCUCUGCUGUGUGGAUUUCUGAUGCUCUGUCUCCCAGAAACCAAUAACAAACCCCUGACAGACCACAUUAUUACAAUCCCUGGACUAGAUGACAAGGUCAAGGUCAAUGGGAGGUCAUUGGAAGAAGAAAUCCCACUGCAGGACCCUGAAUCUUGACCUCAACUGGAGGUCGUCAGAAAGACAUUCAACCAUGAUCUCAUUUUUAAUUUUCCUAAUAGGCCAAAAAAAAAUACUGUAAUACUUGCUAGCAUUUAUGUUUGCAUAAUGGAAAGAGGGAAUACAUGACAACGACAAUUUCAUUAAGCUGAUUUGCAGACACUCAUAUUUUUUUGGAUAUUUUUAUAUAUUCAGUAAUUUAUACUGAAUUGUUUUAGAUGGCAUUAUAUAUAUUAGUAAAACAAGAUCAGUAAAAACGGUUUUAGUUGAUGAUGAAAUAAUUAUGGCAAAAUGUAGUUCUAAUAAACACUAUUAAAACAUU